AUGAAAAUUCAUUCUUUUAUGAUUCAUUCAUAUUAAAAUACAAAAAACUAAAUUCAAUAAUUAUAUCAUUUAUAUGUUGAAAAUUUACCUCCAAUAAAUUUAAAAGUAACGUAAUUUAUCAUUAAUAAGGCAAACAAAUUGUAGAGGAAUGAUUAAAUUAUUUAAUUUUUUCAAAAUAAAAUACUUCAAAUAAUUAUGAAUAAUUUGAAUAAUUAGAUAAUGAUUUAUUUAAUAAUGUAAAUAUAUUUAUGA